ACAUCAGUCGUGCGAGGUACUGAGUGUCGGUCCAGUGACGAUGGUGCAAGUUAAAGUAAACGAAGGGGUAUUGGAGGGGGAGGUGGUUAAGAACGAGUAUGGCGGCUCCUACUGUAGCUUCAAGGGGAUCCCGUACGCACAACCUCCUCUUGGAGAAUUAAGGUUCAAGGCCCCUCAACCACCAAAGCCAUGGAAAGAUGUCCGCAGCGCGAAACAGUUCGGUUCAAAAUGCUACCAAUAUGAUGCGUUCUUUGAAAGAGGAAAAGUGGAAGGUAGUGAGGACUGCCUCUAUCUCAACGUGUACACACCAAACGUCAAACCUGACAAGCCUUAUCCAGUUAUGUUCUACAUCCAUGGAGGAGGUCUAGUGUCUGGUGCUGGUGACGACGACCUAUACGGUCCCAAGUUUCUUGUAAGACAAGAUGUUAUCCUUGUCACUUUCAAUUACCGACUUGAAGUACUUGGUUUCCUGUGCUUAGACACUGAGGAUGCGCCUGGAAAUGCUGGCAUGAAGGAUCAGGUAGCAGCUCUCAGGUGGGUGAAGAAAAAUAUCGCCAGCUUCGGUGGAGACCCAGACAAUAUAACUAUAUUCGGUGAGAGCGCUGGUGGAGCCAGUGUCACUUAUCACUUGAUAUCACCGAUGUCCAAGGGACUAUUCAGGAGAGCAAUAGCUCAGAGUGGUGUCUGUAUCUCUUACUGGGCACAAGCCUACAAACCUCGUGAAAGAGGCUUUGCGUUAGCGAGGAAAUUAGGAUUAUAUUCCGAUGACCCUAAGGAAGUAUACGAGUUCUUAAAAAAACAACCUCUCGAGGCUCUUAUUAAAGCCGUUGUACCGAUAACAUUUUCAGAGAAGGCAAGAAUCCAAACUGAGGCAUAUUUUAGUGUGGCUGACGAAAAACAGUUUGGAAACAAUGAACGAUUCUUCUAUGGAGAUGUGCUUGAUGCUGUAGCGAAUGGUAUUCACGAAGGAGUAGAGAUUAUGACAGGAUACACAGCAGAUGAGGGUAUAAUGGGCUUGGGCAUCUUUGGAGAUAUCUCAGCAAGUUUAGACCAAGCCAGAAACUUUCCACAGUUUUUCGUUUCGUAUCCAAUGUCCCUAACAUUAUCAACGAAUGACCAAUUGGAGCUCGGGAAGAGAAUCAGAGAAUACUAUUUCAAGGGUCCCAUUUCGAUAACAGAUGAUUGGGAGAAGUUGGGAAAAUUCUACUCGGCAGAUUUAUUCGUGUUUCCUGCGAACAGAUGGGUAAAACUGUGUGCUCAAUCUAAGAGGAACAAGACGUAUUUGUACAAGUUCACUUGUGUUACAGAAUUGAAUGUGAUAUCUCAGAUGAUGGGCCUAGCAGAUUUAAUAAAGGAUAAACCAGUGGUGGCUCAUGCAGAUGACUUACUUUAUUUGUUUACACCGAAUACUAUGCCAGAACUCGACAUGAAUUCGAAAACAUUCCAACAUGUGGAAAAGGUCACUAAACUUUGGACAAACUUUGCUAAAUAUGGAAACCCCACCCCUGAUGAUUCAUUGGGCGUUACUUGGACUCCGUAUACUGUGGACAACAAGGAUUAUCUGGAGAUUGGCAAUGUGCUGAAACCUGGUCAAGCACCUGACGAUGAAGAAGUACAAUUUUGGGAAAAUAUCUUAACAGAGUUCAAACAGUGAUGAAUGAUUGAACUGAUCCUACAUUAUUGUGUAUACGUAUUAUACAUUAAUAAAUAUUAUAAAAAAUUGUCA